CACCUAACGAAGAGAUGAACUCACCUGGGAUAUUUACAACCGGAUGUCAGAUGUCGUCUGUAUCAUCAUUAAGAGAUCUAGUAUAUUCUUCAAUGGACAACGUUACAUAUUAUAGCAACAAUCAUGGCUUCUCUGCAGAUCUGCAGGACGACUCAACCUGUAUUGCCAACGAAUACGAUAUGUGCAGCGGUGCUUCGGUAUCUAGCCACAGACACAGUCAAAUUCCACGAAGGAUGAAUAGUGAUUACGAAGAUAUCGCUAAUGUCUGUCGAGAGAGCAAAUCCACGCAGACACAGAUUUAUAGACGAACAACUGUAUAGCAUGCUUAACUGAAU